AUGGCAAAAACCUGCGCGCAAGGAUCGAUUCGCCUGUAUGCUACCUCAGCAACCUUCUCAAGCGUGUGCAUCCGACACCACUUACUGCUGCAGCCUCGUGCAUCAUCAUUACCAGGCACACGUACACGAGGGCCGCAAACGCUAGCGAAGCGUCCAUUGCAUCGCGGCUUCGCCGCGACAGCUGCUGCCGGCGGCGAUGGCUCCACCGCUUCGCUGGUCGACAGGCUCAAAUCGGACAUGAAGGAGGCCAUGAAGGCCAAGGACCAGGCCCGACUGGACGCCAUUCGGUUCCUGAAUGCCGCCAUCAAGCAGCGGGAGAUUGAGCUCCGGGAGGGCGGGGGGCCCAUGAACGACCAGGAGGUGAUCAAGGUGAUUCAGAAGCUAGUCAAGCAGCGGAAAGACUCCAUUGAGUCGUAUCGAGCAGGCGGGAGGGAGGACCUGGUGGCCAAGGAGCAGUCCGAGCUGAGCUUGCUCGAGGGCUACCUGCCGGCGAUGAUGAGCGCGGCUGAGGUGGAGGUGGUGGUGGAGGCGGUGGUGGGGGAGCUAGGGGGCGUGUCGGGACCUAGGGCGAUAGGCGCAGUUAUGAAGGCGGUCAUGGCCCGUACGGGCGGCCGGGCCGACAACAAGACGGUUUCGGACCUGGUCAAGGCAAAGCUCAAGUAA